AUCUACUAUAAUAACAGAUUAACCCUCGAGAUAAAGGAGGGGACAAACCACGUGGGACAAACCACGUGGCGCGCGGCGUUACCCACAGGGUGGAAGCGAGAGGAUAACAUGGGAGAGAGACAGACGCUAGAGGGCCACACAGGUUCUAAAAAGUGUGUGAUAGAGUAG